CUAAUCAACUAGAACCAUGACAGUUCAAUCAAAAGUAUAGUAAAAAGAUCAGUAAUCUAAUAAUAAUUCAUCAGUAAUUCAACUAAUCAAAAAAACCAUGAUCAAAUUAAACCCGAAAUGUUUGAUGGGAAGCCUUUGCAUAUCGGUAGUCCUAUUUACCGUCCACUCGACAGCGUACUUUCUGUACUGCUCCAACGAAUGUUCCAAGCCCUUCGUAUGCAAAUCCAUCAACCUAAAUUUCAGCAUUCAAUCGUUGUUCCUGCUGAUCUGCCUGCCGACGAUCGGCGUUUACUUCCACAAAAUCACGCCGAACGAGAAGGAAACCGCGUUCAUCAUAACCUCCUUGUACUGCAUGCUGUUGAACGGCUUGUGGAGCAUCGCCUUCGUCAUUGGAUUCAUCCAAAUCGGCAAUAAUAUCGUGCACAUUUGCGCAUUUCUGUACAUCAGCGUCAGCUUGUACUUCUUGCUGUCGUUCUGCGGCCUCAUGCUUUGGGUGUACUUGAGGAGGAGGAUUUAUUUAAAAGAAACUAACGAGUAUUUCAAACUGAAGGAGAACGAAAUAUAUACCAUUAAUUUGUGCGAUAUUUAAGCGCCUGUUCACGUUCCAUAUGUAGUUUAAUAUUAAUUAUUUGUUAAUGUUAAGGCUGGUGUAUUCUUCCAAGUAAAUAACAAU